AUGCAAUAUGUCGCCUCCACACUUGCGCUAUCGGCGUUGAGCUUUGUCUCUGCAGAGGAGAGUCUCUACAGCCGUAGGAUGGCAAAGAGAGGCAUUGAUGCCAAUGGCAACUACAAUAUCUCUUUCUUCCACGUCAAUGAUGUUCACUCUCAUCUUGACGAGUUCAGUUCAAGUGGUACCGACUGUACUCGCCCAGAGCGAGGUUGCUACGGAGGUUAUGCUCGCAUAAAGCACGUCGUCGAGAGCCAGCGUCCACAGUACAACGACAGCCUGUGGCUCAAUGUUGGUGAUGAGUUCCAGGGCACCCUGUUCUACUCCUACUACGGUGGCGAGAAGAUCGCCGAAACUCUUAACCAGCUCAACUUCGACGCAAUGACUCUCGGAAACCACGAAUUCGAUGGUGGAGAUGAGGAGCUUGGCCAAUUCGUUGCCAACUUGACCAAUUUACCCAUUAUCAGCGCCAAUGUUCACUCUGAGAACGAGAUCCUGAACAAGUCCAUCAAGCCUUACCAUAUCUUUGAGAAGCAAGGUAUUGCGAUCAUUGGUGUUACUACCCAGGACACCGCAAGCAUCUCCAACCCCGAUGAAACUACCACUUUCGGCGACCCAAUUGAGGCUGUUCAGAAUGCCAUUGACGAAAUCAAGAGCAAGACCAACAUCACCCGCAUUGCGGCCAUCACUCACAUCGGUUAUGACAAGGAUCAGGAACUCGCCAAAGCCACCACCGGUCUUCAGCUUAUCAUGGGAGGCCACAGCCAUACUCUCCUCGGCGAUAUGGAGGACGCCGAAGGCAAGUACCCCACCAUCGUGAAGAACAAGGACGACGAAGAAGUUUUCAUCGUCACUGCAUACAGAUGGGGCGAGUAUGUCGGUUACAUUGACGUCACCUACGACCCCGAGGGCAAGAUCCUUGCCUACCACGGAGCACCAAUCCACAUCACCAACACCACGGAGCAAGACAAGGAGCUCCAGGCCGAGAUCGAGGAAUGGCGCGGACCCUUCGAGGCCUUCGCAUCCGAGGUCCUUGGCACCACCGAGAACGAUCUCGACCAGACCACCUGCCAGAAGAAGGAGUGCACCCUCGGUGACUUCAUGGCGGACGCCAUGUACGACUACCGCAAGAACAGCUCCGCCAACGUCUCCUUCGCCAUCAUCAACGCCGGCGGCAUCCGCGCCACCAUCGAGAAAGGCAACAUCACCCGCGGCGCGGUCCUCACCUCCUUCCCCUUCGGCAACUCCAUCGUCGAGCUGACUCUCAACGGCUCCGCCCUGUGGAACGUCCUCGAGGGCGUCAUGUCGAAAGUCAACGUGCUGAACGGCAAGGAAGUCACCUCCUUCAUCCAAGUCUCCAAGGGCAUCGAGAUCGAGUACAACCCUUCCAACGCCAACCUCACCAAGCUCGUCAGCGUCAAGAUCAACGACGAGGACCUCAACAACAGCACGGAGUACCAGUUCGUCACCCUCGACUUCCUCGCAGGCGGCGGCGACAACAUCUUCACCCCGACCACCGAGUUCGUCACCCUCGACACCCAGGACGAGGUCCUAACACAGUACAUCGCGCAGAAGAGCCCCGUCAAGGUCGAGGAGGAGGGCCGCAUCAAGCAGGUCGACGGCCAGAAGAACACUACCUCCCCGACCCCGACCCCCAGCGGCACUGCGGGCGGCGCCGCCCCGCCUACGUCGACGCCUGGUGCGGCUGCUGGUCGAUCGCCUGAGGUUUUGGGCGCGCUGGUCCUCGCGAUGCUUGUUAGCGUGUUUGUUUUGUAG